GGGGAGCGAGGAGACAGAGAGUAGGCGGUACCCGUUCUACCGCGGAGCCGGAUGUUUGCCGAGCUUUGACAGGCGUGGCAGAGGGAGCAGUGCCUGACCACGGUUUCUCUUCAGGUUCUGUGGGGUGAGGCUGUGGGGAACAGGCAUGGCCAUGGACCCACUCUCAGAUCUUCAGGACGACCUGACCCUGGAUGACGCCAGCCAGGCUCUGAAUCAGCUGAAGCUAGCCUCCAUUGAUGAGAAGAACUGGCCCUCGGACGAAAUGCCCGACUUUCCCAAGUCAGAUGACUCCAAAAGCAGCUCCCCGGAACCUGUCACACACCUGAAGUGGGACGACCCUUACUAUGACAUCGCCCGGCACCAGAUUGUGGAGGUGGCAGGAGAUGACAAAUAUGGGCGGAAGAUCAUUGUCUUUAGUGCCUGCCGAAUGCCCCCAAGCCACCAGCUGGACCACAGCAAGCUCCUGGGGUACCUGAAGCACACCCUGGACCAGUAUGUGGAGAGUGACUACACGCUGCUCUACCUGCACCACGGCCUGACCAGUGACAACAAGCCCUCUCUCAGCUGGCUCCGCGAUGCCUACAGGGAGUUUGACCGCAAGUACAAGAAGAAUAUCAAGGCCUUGUACAUCGUGCACCCCACCAUGUUCAUCAAGACCCUGCUCAUCCUCUUUAAGCCCAUCAUUAGCUUCAAGUUUGGGCAGAAGAUCUUCUACGUGAACUACCUGAGUGAGCUGAGCGAGCACGUGAAGCUGGAGCAGCUGGGCAUCCCUCGCCAAGUGCUCAAGUAUGAUGACUUCCUCAAGUCCACACAGAAGAGCCCUGCCACAGCCCCCAAGCCCAUGCCACCACGGCCCCCUCUGCCCAACCAGCAAUUUGGGGUCUCGUUGCAGCACCUCCGGGACAAGAACCCAGAUCAUGAGCCCAUUCCGCUCGUGAUCCGGGAGACCGUUGCCUACCUGCAGGCCCACGCUCUCACCACUGAGGGGAUUUUCCGGCGGUCGGCUAACACCCAAAUUGUACGGGAAGUGCAGCAGAAGUACAACAUGGGGCUGCCUGUGGACUUCGACCAGUACAACGAGUUGCACCUGCCAGCGGUCAUCCUCAAGACCUUCCUCCGGGAGCUUCCUGAGCCCUUGCUCACCUUUGACCUCUACCCCCAUGUUGUGAGCUUCCUCAACAUUGACGAGAGCCAGAGAGUGGAGGCGACGCUGCAGGUCCUCCGGACGCUGCCUGAGGAGAACUACCAGGUGCUUCAGUUCCUUACUGCCUUCCUGGUGCAGAUUUCUGCCCACUCUGACCACAACAAAAUGACCAAUACUAACCUGGCUGUCGUCUUCGGCCCUAAUCUGCUGUGGGCCAAGGAUGCUGCGAUCACACUCAAGGCCAUUAAUCCCAUCAACACCUUCACCAAGUUCCUCCUGGACCAUCAGUGGGAGUUGUUCCCUAGCCCUGACUCCAAGGGGCUCUGAAACUAGCCCCUGCCCCACCAGCCCCCUUCUCUGAUAGCCCCAGUUUGGAAUCUUCCUCUUGGCAUCAGCCUUACAGGAGCCCGGGACUCCUGCCCGGGAAGGGGCCAUGAGGCCCCCGGGAGAUAGAAGCUGGAGCCAGCCAACUGGGCAGCUCCUCCUCCUCCUUCUGUCCAGCCCACGUCUCCGGCCCUGGAGGCCUUGCUGUAACCACAAGACAUUUUCUUCGCCUUAUACUUCUCACUGCCUCCUUGGAUCCCUGGCUCCUGCCGGGUUCUGCAGAGCUGGCCUUGGCUCUCCAGCAGAAGGACUGGCCCUGGCACCCCCUUUCUGGCUUUCUCCUGCCUCUUUCCCUGGCAACUGCAGAUGCCAAAAUCACUGCCGGCUGGGCUGGUCGCUGGGGCUGGUCCUCCCCUUCCUGAUUGCUGGGGAAUGAAAGGCUGAGCUGGCCGGCCCUGCUGAGGCUCCCCAGUUUGGGUGAAGGCCUGGGUGCAAGCAUCCUGCUCCUGUCCUCGCCUCUAAUGGCUCAGCUUUGGGUAUUUCCACAGCUAAGGAACGACAAGGCCGGAGUUGGCUUCCUACUUCUGCCUUCUCUUCUACACAUCCUGGGUCCUCCUUUCCCAAGUGGUACUGCCCUCAGGAUGUCCUUACCCCCUGGUUCUGCCAGGACUGGCAGCUUGGAUGACAGGGCGGAGUCCCAGCAUCCAUUUGAAAUAACCCCCGAGAGCCCCCUGGUGUCUGGUCAGACCACUGACAAGCAGUCUCAGCCCCCCAUGCCUUGCCUCCCUUCCCACCUGGACAGAUCCUCAGCCUGAGGCUCUUAGGGACAUGUGUGUUGUGGAGACACACUGUCCCUGCUCUGGCCAGAGAUGACUCAGUGCCUCAGGA